GUGACGCGGCGGCACCACCCGGUUAUAUAGAGACACCCCGGGGGCGCAGGGACCGAGCUCGCCUGGCGCAUCUGUCACCCCAGCCGCCGUGACCACCACCAUGCGGGAGAUCGUACACCUGCAAGCUGGCCAAUGCGGCAACCAGAUCGGGGCCAAGUUCUGGGAGGUGAUCAGUGAUGAGCACGGCAUUGACCCCACGGGGACGUACCAUGGGGACAGCGACCUGCAGCUGGAGAGGAUCAACGUGUACUACAACGAGGCCACAGGAGGAAACUAUGUUCCCAGAGCCGUGCUGGUGGAUCUAGAACCCGGCACCAUGGACUCUGUCCGCUCCGGACCCUUUGGCCAGAUCUUCAGACCAGACAACUUUGUGUUUGGUCAGUCGGGAGCCGGCAACAACUGGGCGAAGGGCCACUACACGGAGGGCGCGGAGCUGGUGGACGCGGUGCUGGACGUGGUGCGCAAGGAGGCCGAGAGCUGCGACUGCCUGCAGGGCUUCCAGCUGACGCACUCGCUGGGCGGCGGCACGGGCUCGGGCAUGGGCACGCUGCUCAUCAGCAAGAUCCGCGAGGAGUUCCCGGACCGCAUCAUGAACACGUUCAGCGUGGUGCCGUCGCCCAAGGUCUCGGACACGGUGGUGGAGCCCUACAACGCCACGCUGUCCGUGCACCAGCUGGUGGAGAACACGGACGAGACGUACUGCAUCGACAACGAGGCGCUCUACGACAUCUGCUUCCGCACGCUCAAGCUGACCACGCCCACCUACGGCGACCUCAACCACCUGGUGUCGGCCACCAUGAGCGGGGUGACCACCUGCCUGCGCUUCCCGGGCCAGCUCAACGCCGACCUGCGCAAGCUGGCCGUGAACAUGGUGCCCUUCCCGCGCCUGCACUUCUUCAUGCCCGGCUUCGCGCCGCUGACCAGCCGGGGCAGCCAGCAGUACCGGGCGCUGACCGUGCCCGAGCUCACGCAGCAGAUGUUCGACGCCAAGAACAUGAUGGCCGCGUGCGACCCGCGCCACGGCCGCUACCUGACCGUGGCCGCCGUGUUCCGGGGCCGCAUGUCCAUGAAGGAGGUGGACGAGCAGAUGCUCAGCGUGCAGAGCAAGAACAGCAGCUACUUCGUCGAGUGGAUCCCCAACAACGUGAAGACGGCCGUGUGCGACAUCCCGCCGCGGGGCCUGAAGAUGGCCGCCACCUUCAUCGGCAACAGCACGGCCAUCCAGGAGCUGUUCAAGCGCAUCUCCGAGCAGUUCACGGCCAUGUUCCGGCGCAAGGCCUUCCUGCACUGGUACACGGGCGAGGGCAUGGACGAGAUGGAGUUCACCGAGGCCGAGAGCAACAUGAACGACCUGGUGUCCGAGUACCAGCAGUACCAGGACGCCACCGCCGAGGAGGGCGAGUUCGAGGAGGAGGCGGAGGAGGAGGUGGCCUAGGGCCUGCCCUGUCUUAGCCCGGAUCUGCAAAGCUUCGGCCCCUCCCCCAGGACCCCACCCAGGCUGACUCACCCUGACCCUAAGGCUAUGGUCACCAGGUCGCCUCUGCCACCCUCAAUCGCUCCCCCUCUGGACCCCAACUCUUGAGCCCCAACUUAUCUCCAAGGCCCUCCAGCUCCCCCAGCUUGGACACUCCCAUGAGCCCUUGCAAAUCAUGAUUCUAUGAGCUUUCCUCCUGUGCCGGAGUAGUCCUUCACCUGUGAUGCACCCCAAACCUCAUCCGACCUGGAGAACUAUAAACCGUGAUUUGUCACCCCACCCUCUGAGCCUCCUUCACCUCUCAUCCUGCCUCUCCUUUGGCCUCACAGCCCCCAGUCCCCUCUCACCACACUUUCUCUGAUUCCCAUAAGCCCCCAUUGCUUCCCUGUUCUCCCCCUACCCCCCCCCCCAACCCCUGCCUCAUCUCCUUCCCCCUUGGCUUAAAAGAAGAGUGCUUCUGGAGAAGGAAAAAAAAAAGUCUAGAACCUAGGGCAAGAAACGUUAUCCCAUCUGCCCGCCACCACUGCUGCUGUCCCCCUCCCCACAGUCUGUCAAUAAAUUAGCUGUCGCUCUGG